AGAAAAAACUUCAGGAACCAGAAAGGGGCGAAGGAAAGAAUUGAAAUCAAGCAAGGCCUUACUUCAAAGAAUUCGAGCUCGAUUUUAGGCUUUUCAGGUAACCGGUCAUUGGACAUGCAUUAAAAGAACUACUGACCCGCUGGUUUUGAAGUGAGGAUAAUUUUGAGGCAGGUUAGAGCUUCUCAUUGGUUCCAUGGCGACCAGAACAAGUUCUUCACCUCUCCCCAAAUCAGGACCAGCUUUGAAAGGCUAUAAUUUUGCUUCAACUUGGGAGCAGAAUGCUCCGUUGACAGAGCAGCAACAAGCAGCAAUUGCAGCACUUUCUCAUGCAGUUUCAGAGCGACCCUUUCCCAUCAACAUGUCUCAAGAACUUAUCUCAGGGCAGGACAAUGGUUUGUCUGUUUCUCCAAAGGAUAAUUCUUUUGGAGAUUCGGGGGUUGUAGAAGCAGUUUUGGUCAACACGCAUCAGUUCUAUACAUGGUUUACAAAUCUUGAAUCAGCCAUGAAGUCAGAGACAGAGGAGAAGUAUCGCCACUAUGUAAAUACGUUAAUGGAACAAAUGCAGAUAUGUGAUGAUAUUCUUCGUCAGGUGGAUGAUACCCUUGAUUUAUUUAAUGAACUACAACUGCAGCAUCAGUCAGUUGCAACGAAGACUAAAACUUUGCAUGAUGCAUGCGACCGCCUGUUAAUGGAGAAACAAAGAUUGAUAGAAUUUGCGGAAGCACUUCGCAGCAAGCUUAAUUAUUUUGAUGAGUUGGAAAAUGUGGCUACUAAUUUUUAUUCUACAAAUAUGAAUGUUGGAAAUGGAAAGUUUCUUCCAUUGCUGAAACGGCUUGAUGAGUGUAUCUCAUAUGUUGAAAGCAAUCCACAAUAUGCGGAAUCUGGUGUUUACUUGGUCAAAUUUAGACAGCUCCAGUCUCGGGCACUUGGUAUUAUCCGUUCUCACAUUCUCUCCAUUCUCAAAACUGCUUCAUCUCAGGUUCAGGCAUUGAUUCGGGGUAACAGUGGCAGCAAAACAGCUGUUUCUGAGGGUGUGGAGGCAUCUGUUAUUUAUGUUCGCUUUAAGGCAGCAGCUGGUGAGCUCAAGCCGUUGUUAGAGGAAAUCGAAAGCAGAGCGUCAAGGAAAGAAUAUGCUCAACUUCUUGCAGAAUGCCACCGGUUGUACUGUGAACAGAGACUUUCAUUGGUUAGAGGCAUUGUGCACCAACGGGUCUCUGAAUUUGCCAAGAAAGAGGCUUUGCCAUCAUUGACCAGAUCUGGAUGUGCAUACCUUAUGCAGGUCUGCCAACUUGAGCACCAGCUUUUUGAUCAUUUUUUCCCGUCUUCUUCUGAGGAUGUGUCAAGUUUGGCUCCUUUGAUAGAUCCUCUGUGCACAUAUUUGUAUGACACACUACGCCCAAAAUUAAUCCAUGAAGCAAAUCUUGAUUUUCUUUGUGAGCUUGUUGAUAUCCUUAAAGUUGAAGUCCUGGAUGAACAACUUAGCAGACGGAGUGAGUCACUGGCAGGGUUACGUCCUACAUUACAUAGAGUCCUAGCUGAUGUUCAUGAGAGAUUGACUUUCCGGGCUCGAACACAUAUCCGUGAUGAGGUAUAUUAUGAAGUGAUAUGUAUUUAUCAUCAAGUUUUGUUCUCUCCCUCUCUCUAUAUGUACUUAAUCUCUAUUGCUGGGCCGAAAUCCUGGCCUUUGUGA